AGGCAUGCACCACUUCCCUCGCUGCAGUCACAGUCACAGCUGUCCAGUUCUGUCGCCUCAGCCAGCGUUCACAAGCGCGUUCACUCCUCUCCUUCCCUCUCCCACCUCUGACCUCACAAGCCAGUCGUGCUACACUCGUUGUGCUAGCAGCUAGCAAGAGCUCAUCGAGCGUGUGGGAGCUCAUCGAGGAAGGGGAUUGCCGUUCCCGGGAACGCCAACGGCAAUGCUGGCGCGGGUGCUGCUCGUGCACCUCCUCUUCCUCCCCGCUGCGUCCGCGGCCGACCACCGCCACCGCCACUACCGGAGCAGGAGGGCGCUGCACGAGCCGCUGUUCCCUCUGGAGAGCACGCCCGCGCUGCUGCCGCCGCCGCCCGCGCCGUUCUUCCCGUUCUUGCCAGGCGCCGCGGGGCCCCCGGCGCCGGCGCUGACGCCGGCGGCCGGCUCCGCCUCCACCCCGGCCGACGCCGCCGGCGCGGGCGACGCGGCGUCGUCGUCGCCGCACCCGACGGCGCCGGCCAACAUCUCGUCCCUGGCCGCGCUGCCCGUCUCCCACUCCGCGCCGCUCCGGUCCUUCCUCUCCUCCCAUCGCCUCCUCAUCGUCGUCGUCACCGUCGCCGCCGUCGCCGCGGCGGUGCUCGCAGCCGCGCUCGUGUACAUUCUCGCCCGCCGCCGGCGCCACCCCUUUCCCAAGGAGGAGCCUGCGGUGUACUCAAAGCCCAACUCGCUCCCACCCGCCAACCCCGCGCUCUACGAUGGCGCCGACCAGCAUGGACGGGGCUCCACGGCCAUCGUCUCCAGCACCAGCUCGCCGGAGCUCAGGCCGAUGCCGCCUCUGCCGAGGCAGUUCCAGCAGACUCGGAUGAACUUGCCGUCAAGUUCAAAAGCCGCUCUUGACUCGGCAGCAGGGGGCAAGCGGGCGCCAGAGGGUGCUCCACCGCCGCCGCCGCCUCCUCCCCCGCCACCGCCGCCAAUGCCACCGGUGAAAGAUGCCCAAGCGGCAGCUGCUCCUCCGGCGCCGCCCCCGCCACUGCCGCGGGCCGGCAACGGCAGCGGCUGGCUGCCCCGGCGGCUCUCCGAGCGCCCGGUGACCACGGUGAUCAGGGCCUCGGCGGGCGCAGUUCACCCGGAGGAGUCUCCGGGGCGCACGCCGUCAGAGAAAGACGCUGACUCGGAUGCGGCUGCUUUGCCGAAGCUGAAGCCGUUGCACUGGGACAAGGUGCGCGCGAGCUCUGGCCGGCCGACGGUGUGGGACCAGCUGAAGGCGAGCUCUUUCCGAGUGAACGAAGAGAUGAUCGAGACAUUGUUCGUCUCAAAUUCGACAAGGCGAUCGUCCAAGAGUGGAGUCAAGGGGCCAAAUUCCAGUUUGUGCAGCCAGGAGAACAAGGUCCUCGACCCAAAGAAAUCACAGAACAUCGCGAUAAUGCUAAGGGCGCUGAAUGCGACAAAGGAAGAAGUAUGCAAGGCUCUCUUGGAUGGGCAGGCAGAGAGCCUUGGAACAGAGCUCUUGGAGAUGCUGCUUAAGAUGGCGCCUACCAGAGAGGAGGAGAUCAAGCUGAAAGAAUUUAGGGAGGAUGCUCUGUGUAAGCUUGGCUCUGCCGAGAGCUUCCUCAAGGCAGUGCUCACGAUACCAUUCGCUUUCAAGAGAGUGGAAGCAAUGCUCUACUUCACUAACUUCGAUUCAGAGGUUGACUACCUCAAGACCUCCUUCAAGACUCUUGAGGCAGCAUGUGAAGAGCUAAGGGGCAGCAGGUUGUUCCACAAGAUCUUAGAUGCGGUCCUGAAGACUGGUAACCACAUGAACACAGGCACGAACCGUGGGAACGCACACGCAUUCAAACUCGAUGCACUCCUCAAGCUAGCUGAUGUAAAGGGCGCUGAUGGCAAGACGACGCUGCUGCACUUUGUGGUCGAAGAAAUCAUCAAGUCUGAAGGAGCCAACAUUCUAGCCACUGGUCAACCAACCGACCAGGCGAGUACCCUUGCGGAUGAUCUGCAAUGCAAGAAAGUAGGCCUGAAAAUCGUGGCCAGCCUCGGCGGUGAGCUUAACAGCGUCAAGAAGGCAGCGGCGAUGGACUCUGACACGCUGGCCAGCUGCGUCGCCAAGCUCUCCUCUGGGGUCAGCAAGAUCAGUGAGGUUCUGCAUCUAAGCCAGCACCUCAGCUCCCAAGACAGCUGCAGGCAGUUCCGCGCCUCCAUCGGCGUGUUUCUGCAGAAGGCCGAGGCUGAAAUCACCGCGGUGCAGGCUCAGGAGGGCCGCGCCCUCGCCCUCGUCAGGGAGACGACAGAGUUCUUCCACGGCGAUUCAGCCAAGGAGGAAGGCCACCCGCUGAGGAUCUUCAUGGUUGUGCGCGACUUCCUCGCUGCCCUAGACCACGUCUGCAAGGACGUCGGGAAGAUGAAUGAGCGGGCGGCGACUGGUGGGUCGUCGCGGCGGGUGGAGAACGCGCCUGUUCCUACGAGGUUUAACACGGUGCAAUCCAUGAGCUCGGAAGAAGAGAGCUCGAGCUCAUCGCCCUAGCCGUUGGGGUGCAGCAUUGGUAGCACAGCAGCCUGAGCAAGAAUCUGCAUCUUGAGGUCUAGAAGAACAUCAGUGCAGGCUCAGACGUAGGACCAUGCUAAAUAUUUUGUACUACCUGGAGAAGAUAAAUGUAGAGUGAAGCCUAUAUGUCCUGCAUGAUUCGGCAUGAUGAACAUCAUCCCUGACAAAUGCCAAUGGCCUACCAAAGGUGAAAGUGGCAUUGUACAUGAUUCCGCAUGCUGGUAAUUUUACUGUUGGAUGAGAGCUUUUGACGAACUGAUGAUAAAGCUCAGUCUCACGAUAAAAGUAGAUGGUACUGCCUAGUUGCUA